UAAUAAAACGUGUUCAGUUAGUCUUCUGAUUUCAUAACAGAAGUUGUCAUAGCUAUUACGUAAUAAAUUCUAAGUUCGUAAUACGUUUGUUUGCUAUUAAGAUUCAGAUUUAAAAUUAAGUAUAAUUAUCUUUUUAUUAUUUUAUCAAUUAGUUCGCGCUCCAAUAUCACCAAACACUAAGUUAAAUGGAUUCUAACCGUGGUAUUGGCCAAAUUGUGCUGCUCGACGAAUUAAGUAGUGAUGAUCAACUCUUAAUAUCAACAUGUACACUUGCUAGAGAGAAAGCAUAUGUUCCUUACAGCAAAUUUAAAGUUGGAGCAGCUGUGCGAUGUGUUAAUGAUAACAUAUUUUCAGGCUGUAACGUAGAAAAUGUUUCAACAAGUCUUGGAGUAUGUGCUGAACGUACUGCUAUUGUAAAAGCUGUUAGUGAAGGACAUAAAGAAUUCACUAAAAUAGCUAUUUCUGGUUUGAACAAUAACCAAUUUGUACCCCCAUGUGGUUCUUGCAGACAAGUUUUAACAGAAUUUAAUGAUCCAAAUAAUGAUAUGACUGUUUAUUUAUACCAACCAAAUGGUAUUCAUGUUUUUGUAACAAGUGUGACAAAAUUACUACCAUUAGAUUUUAAAAUCUAAUAAUUAUAAAAUAUU